UGAAAAGACGAGUUCGGUUGAGUAUUCACAGCAUGUCGGCAUGACUGACAGCGUUUGUCUGCGGUGGCGUCUCCCUCUCUCUCUCUGGAUGUGAACGCUGAUAAACUCGAUUUCCCGCAAAAUCACAGAAAGCGAGAGCGGGUUGUAUGUCACCUCCGGAGGACAGCGGCCAAUUGCAGCGCCGGAUUCUGUCAGCGCGUCUCCCAUUGGCUGACAACUGACUCCUGCUCUGUUGUUCAGUACAAAUUGAAGGAAACCACACACGAAAAUAAAUUACAGCGAGAUAAUCAACAAAUCGAUCCCAAAACCCCCCAAACCACCUCUGACACCAAACGAUAUCUGUGACAGUUGCAUGCGUCGGGACCUCGGGCGCCCCGGAGGUUGGUUUUCGAGUAAACCAUGCUAGCUGUGCUAGCUAACUAACCAGCGUCUCGUCGCCUCCUCUUCAUCUUCAUGGGUUUCUGCUGUUGAGUCUGCCAGGCUUGCGCUGGAGGCAGCGAGGCCAACAAAUUAAUGCCAUCAGCCAGGAGCUCAGGUCAUAUUAUGAGUGGGGCGAGUUGCAAAGCUAACGGCGCCGUGUACCCUGCCUCAUCAGCCAUGAUGAACUCUGUGAAGAAGCCGAAGAUGGAGCAGAUUCAGGCCGACCGUGAGCUCUUCCUACAGGCCUUUGAAAAACCCACACAGAUAUACAGAUUUCUCCGCACAAGGAACUUGAUUGCACCCAUAUUUUUGCACAGGACGCUCACCUUCAUGUCACACAGAAAUGGUCGAACAAAUGCCAAGAGGAAAACAUUCAAAGUGGAUGAUAUGUUGCAGACAGUGGAGAAAAUGAAGGGAGAGCAGGAUUCUCCAAGCUUGUCUUCACAUUUACAGUUAACCUUCACUGGGUUCUUCCAUAAGGAUGAAAAGCCAUCUCAGGUUUCAGAAAAUGAACAAAAUUCUGUGUCCUUAGAGGUGCUACUUGUCAAAGUCUGCCAUAAAAAACGCAAGGAUGUCAGCUGCCCGAUAAAGCAAGUGCCUACAGGUAAAAAGCAGGUGCCUUUGAAUCCUGACAGCAACCACACCAAGCCUGGCUCCUACCCAUCCUUACUGGUCUCCAGCAACGAGUUUGAGCCCAGCAACAGCCACAUGGUGAAGUCCUAUUCGCUCCUGUUCAGGGUGUCGUGCACAGGGAGGAGGGAUGCUAAUGGUCUGGUCAACGGAGAAGCCAACGAAAACAUUGAUGUUACAGAUACCCCCAGUAGAAAGAAGAGAACGUCAUCCCAUAGAGAGGAGGGAGAGACCACAGAGACUUAUGUUGCACAGAUGACAGUCUUUGAUAAGAAUAGGAGAUUGCAGCUGCUGGAUGGGGAGUAUGAGGUUUCGAUGCAAGGGAUGGAGGACAGCCCUGUGAGCAAAAAGCAAGCAACAUGGGAAACCAUUCUUGAUGGGAAGAGAUUGCCACCGUUUGAGACAUUUUCUCAGGGACCCACACUGCAGUUCACAUUGCGUUGGACAGUUGAUGCCAGCGGAAAGUCCACUGCCCCGAUCGCAAAACCCCUCGCUACCCGCAACUCGGACAGCUCUGGCCCCAUGGAGACCAGGACCAGCAACCAUCGAGCUGCCCUCAUGAUGAAAGAGUCAGUCAGCACAGACAUUCAGACGAGGAAAGAGCAGGUCCUGUGUGAGCCGCGGCAGAAGCUACGUAUAUUUUAUCAGUUCCUGUACAACAACAACACGCGGCAGCAGACGGAGGCAAGAGAUGAUCUUCACUGUCCCUGGUGUACGCUCAACUGCAGCAAACUCUACAGCCUGCUCAAACACCUCAAACUCUCCCACUCCCGUUUCAUCUUCAACUAUGUGCCUGACCCCAAAGGAGCGAGGAUAGACGUGUCUAUCAAUGAGUGCUAUGAUGGCUCAUAUGUCGGCAACCCUCAGGACAUCCACAGCCAGCCUGGCUUCGCUUUCAGCCGCAACGGCCCGGUCAAGAGGACUGCUGUCACUCACAUACUGGUUUGCAGGCCCAAGAGGACCAAACCAAGUCUAUCCGAGUUCCUGGAGACCGAGGAUGGAGAGUUGGAGCAGCAGAGGACCUACGUCAGCGGACACAACCGUCUCUACUUCCACAGUGACAGCUGCAUGCCCCUGAGGCCCCAGGAGAUGGAUGUGGACAGCGAGGAUGAGAGAGAUCCGGAUUGGCUCAGAGAGAAAACUGCCACGCAACUAGAUGAGUUCACCGAUGUCAAUGAAGGAGAGAAGGAGGUGAUGAAGCUGUGGAACCUGCAUGUCAUGAAGCAUGGAAGCCCAAACAUUAACAGUUUCAUAGCGGACAACCAGAUGAACCAGGCCAUCAUGUUUUUUGUAGAGAACCGUGGUGCUCACAUCAUCCGCCGCAACCUCUGCCGCAACUUCCUCCUGCACCUGGUCAGCAUGCACGACUUCAACCUGGUCAGCACAGCCACCAUCGACCGCGCCAUGGCCCGUCUGCGGCAGAUCCAAGAAGAGCUGCCGAACAUUGAAGAGGAUCAGCGGGACCACACUCUGGGAUCGGCAGGAGCCUGCAAUGGCAAUGCUGUCACCUCCAGUGGAGGAAAGCAGGGCAAGAGGACAAAAAGCGGGCUAACGGACUGAUGCAGGCUGGAUGGAUGAUUGUCAGGGGGGGAAGGGGGGUUUGUUCAUUUGUUUUUGUUAUUUUUGUUUUUUGGACAUUACCGACCCUUUGGUGCUUAGAUAGGUGGCUGAACUGGUCUGGGGAGGACCUGACCUAAAGCAGACCAGUAUACAAGGUAAACAAGUUUUUGGAACUUGAAAACUGAACCAAAUAUGAACAAUAUAAACGUGAAUCCCCCACAGCUACACAAACCAGGAAUGUGAGGACGGGAUGAUGCAAGUUGAUCCUACUUAAUAUGCAUUUUGUAGGAGCCACUGAAGUACCUGUGUUUGGGUGAGCGAGAGUGAACAAGCCGAGAAUCGUCUGAAGUGGUGAGACGGCCGUUGGUAUGUCCUCGUUAUUAGAGAACUGUAUCAAAACUACAGUUAAACUGUACAGAUAACAUUGUCACUCUUGAUGAUUUGUACACAUACACGAUAACCUUGUUGAAAACUUAUCAUUUUAGCUGAUUAUUUUAGCACUUGGUGUUUGUAUCUAGAAAACUUACCUUGAAAUUGUCUUUUUUUUGAUUCACACUGCACCAAGUGUUGAAUGCAGCUUUUCCACUUUUUUCCACCAGUGGAGAACAGUUAGUGGGUUUGAUUUCACUGUUGUGAAUGACAUUGAAUUUGAAGAGUUAUACAAUUAAGAGAACGUCACAGUAACUUGGCAUCAUGUCUAGAUUAUAUAAAGUCUGUAAAGCUUUUGUUAGAACCCCUGGAUGGAUUGUGGGUUUUGCUGGUAGGUUGCCAUGACAAUAGUGUUAUACUGUAAGCUUGGAAGCUGGACAACAGAACAAAUUCAGAUUUUGGGUCCAGGCUAAACUCCUACUUUAUAACCCCUGAGCCUUUUGGCCUGCAUUGAUAAUAGCUCAAGGAAAGCCAGGGAAAUUAACCUUUCUGAAUAUUUUCUUUUUCCUAAGACUUAACUGAUACAACCAGCAGCACAUCACCACAUGUGUGGUGUAGUGCACAGCACUGAACCUAUAAAAGUCGACAGUUUUUUGAUGAAACCGGCACCUGUAGUUUCUUUUUCACAUUGAAGUUUGAGUAUGUUUUUUAAAACUUGAGUUCAGAUAAUCAGCAGCUGAUUGACAGAAAUGUGUGUUCAUGUGACCACAUCACAUGUUUAGCGGUGUCCUGUUCUGAAUCCAAUGGUUAACAGUUUGCAGUUCUUCUCUCAAAGCAAUAUGCUGUUUGUUGGAUGGUUGAUUUUCAGGUCCAUACCUGUUGUCUGUUCUGUUAGUUGCAGUUGAUGCCAAAGGGGAAUAUUUACAUCAGUCUUAGUUCUGUGUAUUUUAUUCUUUCUAUAUUUUCCUUUUCUUCAUUUCAUAACCAGUUUUUAAAGAAAGCGGUAGUUGUGUUUUUUGUAGUGUACACAUAAAAAGGUGAUCAUCACCAUGCUUUGUUUCAUCAGACUUCCCUUGUGGACUACCAAAUUAACAAACAGACAAAAAAAAUUAUCCCUCCAAUUUGUAGAGGUUUUCUGUGUUCAUCUGGAAAAAAAAGCAGAUAUAUUCACCAUUAUUGUCAAAACACCAUGUUUAAAAAUUGUGAACUGUACACUCUGGCUAAGGUUUUUUUUAUAUUUAAAGAAAUAAAAUACAUUUGACCUUA